AUGGAUCCACCGAUCCCUCCACCAUCUUCAUCCCCUCAUCACCCUGCUCCUACCGAGCUGCUUUCUUCACCCACACCGACCAUCCGCAGUAAACAGCCAACACUCGUUCGACCGUCCUUACCCCUUUCUGCUCUCACUUCGCCUGACAAUGCCGAGACGUCUAAUUCUGGUAGCGGCACUCGCAUCCCUUCUGGGAGUGUCGAGCAGCAACAAGGUCUUGGAAAUGGUAGACCAACCAAGCCAAGCAUAGAAAUCCACCUGACCAUCCCUCGACACAGUGCAAACGUCUCACCAACUCGCUCUAUUCAGUCUACCUUAACCGACGACGACUACGAAUCCCGGUAUCAAUCCAUGAGUGCUAUACCUCCGGGAAUGAAUGAGCAGACUCCGAGGGCCGGCUCAGGUCUACGCGGUCAGCCUCAUACGGCCGUCGGGAGUAGCUACGGCUCACCAGACGCACGACAUGUCCACGGCAGCAGCGCCGGAAGCACCGGUCCUAGGGCGGCGAGAAUAGUGAGAAAUCACACAUCCACCGCCCAUCCUGUUUCAUAUCCUCUCAAUCCUGCCAAUGCGUCUUUCAAUGCCAACAACUAUGGCUCGAUGGCCAGAUCUGUAUCGAAAACUAGACCACCAUUACCUCGUAACGUCAGUGGAGGACUAGGGGCCGAGACGAAGCAGGACAAGACGGAACAAGAUGAUGAGGCCGCAGAAAUGGACCGUGGGAUCGACCUGAUCAGGCGAAGGCAGAUUGCCAGACGAGCAGCUAGACGGGCGAAAAAACAGGAAGAUCUGAAAAGACGGUUCGCUGCUGGUGAAACACCGCCGGAGCUGUCCGCUCCACCCUCAGCUUUACUUGGAGAAGCAUUCGGAGAUCAGCAAUUGCGGACAGGAAGAUCGGUCUCUCGGACGAGAGCAAGUUCGACACAAGGCCGGAGAUUGCCCAGCGCUGGAUAUUUUGACACGAUGUCGACCGCGGGCAGUCGCGAUGGCACUGCUAGCCCUUACGACGAGAUGCGAGCUGCCUCCAUCUACUCCAGUACCGAAGACGAAGAAGAAUAUCUUCAAGAUGUGAUGAGCGCACUAGGCGAUGAAGUACCAGAGGACUACACACCUGGAGUUGGUGUGGAAGAAGAGGAAGCUCGCGUUGAUCGAGAUGAAGGGAGUGUGGAUGACGAAGAAGACGCUAGUGGUGAAGGUGAUGACGAAGCGGUGACGAUGAGAGAUCGCCAGGAUGCCAUCAAUAUCGAACAUCCCUUCGGUCUUCCCAUCUGGAAACCGGCUCUGUACCGCAAAUCCCGCACUGUGACUCGAAAUGCGGAGUCGGCACUACAUUCCAUACCCUCCGCUGCCGCAGAAAGGCAUCUUCUUCCCGGUAACAUCUUCUGGGUCUUGGCCUUUGGUUGGUGGCUUUCACUCCUCUUCCUUGUUGCGGCGAUCCUGGUAGGCGGCGCUGAAGUACUCGGUGGAGGUCGGGGUGGCUACGCCAAGACUCUCCGUGGCUUAUCGUGGUACAUCGUGUGGCCUUUUGGGAAGUACGUCGAGGGAGAGGGGGCUCCGGAUGGAGAAACCUCUGUAGAAGGAUCAGAUCAUGAGGGAACGGAGAAUGGGGGACAUUAUGGAGCUGUCGAAGACCCUGGAUCACCUCUGAAUGGCAAACAGCAGAGGCAGCGUGAAGCUUCGGACGGUGCUGGAUCCAUCAGAACAUUACGACCCGGCGCCCAACACUCGGCUACUGUAACAACUUCAGACGGAGCAAAUACCCCGACAAAUGAUUCCGGGACCACGGUUCGGCCUCGACGAGAACCCACCGUGACGUUCGCUACCGACACUAUCCGAACCUCCAGUUCUCGCAUGACCAAUGAUUCCGAAGGGCAACCUUUACUAUCGAAAGAAGGCUUCCGUCGACCACGAAGGAAACGUGCAAAAUUUCUCGGUCGACUGGUGUAUUGGCCCGCCUUUCUCAUCAUGGUUGCACCGGUCAUGCUGAUCGUGUGCAUUCUGUGCUGGGGAGGUGUCAUCACAAUUCCCAUGGCCAAGCUCACCUGGGCUCUACUCAAGUUAUUGUAUUUCCGACCUCUCGAAAUAAACUUUCGAUCCGCGCCCCAUAUCUCCGUCCCAACCCCUCAUGAGUCUCCUGUUGUUGACGAGGGCGUGGAAAACCCUGACUUGUCCGGAUCUUCGACAGCUGUAGCCGACAACAGUUCCCCAUCGGGUUUCACGAUGAAGCAAGCUCGCUUGCAUGCUGGUCAGCUUGCACCUACCGCAGGUCCGGAUUCGACUGUUCUUCUCUGUACCUAUCGCGCUGUGGGAUUGCAGUAUUAUAAGUACACUGUCGGCGGUGUGAAUAUCAUUUUCAUAAAUCUCCUACCUCUCGUCUUCUUCACAAUCUUCGACGGUUUCGUUCUUCUUCGCAUCGUUGAACAUGGUCAUAAACAUGGUCACAUGCCUUCACCCUUCAUGGCUGCUAUCACCAACCCUGGACUCAUCUUCGUGCUGGCUCUCGCUAGUGUCAUCCCUCUGUCUUACUUUAUCGGCAUGGCUGUUGCCUCCAUCUCAGCACAAUCGUCGAUCGGUGUCGGUGCUACCAUCAACGCUACAUUUGGGUCUAUCAUUGAAGUCAUUUUGUAUGGAAUCGCUUUGACGCAAGGUAAAGGCAAGCUUGUGGAGGGAUCCAUCAUUGGCAGUAUCCUCGCCGGAGUGCUGUUGAUGCCAGGCGCAAGUAUGUGCUCUGGUGCUGUUCGGAGGAAGGAGCAGAAGUUCAAUGCGAAGAGUGCAGGCGUGACGAGUACGAUGUUGAUCAUGGCGAUCAUUGGGACGUUGACGCCGACACUUUUCUAUCAAACUUACGGAUCGUUCGAGUUGCAUUGUGAGGGCUGUCCUGGUGAUAGUAACCCAGGUACGGCUCCACCUACUACUCAGUGGCAGUGCGAUCACUGCUAUUAUGAGCAUCCCGAUCCUGCAAAUGAUACUUUUUACCAAGAGAAGGUUAAGAUUCUCAUGUAUUUCUGUGCGGUCAUUUUGUGCCUGUCGUACUUUAUCGGAUGUCUGUUUUCACUUAAAACUCAUGCGGCGCAGAUAUGGACGGAUCCUAAACCCCUUAUGCGAGCCGACGAGAUUUCUCAUCUUCACCCAGCCGUCCGUCAGACCUUGCGUCAGCGUAUCACUCCCGAGGCACUCUUGCAACACGUCCUCCCUAUGCAUCGAGAUGGUUCUUCGACACCAAGACACGGAGGUCCUCAGUCACCUCGGGCAACAGUACGAGGAAGAGUGGGAGAGUCGCUAUUGGAUCGACGUGCGGCAAGCGGUCCAUCUAAUUUACCGGCCGGAUAUACGCCUCUGCUCGAAGCUAUCACACAGAAGAUCAAACAAGAGAGCCUUACUCCCAUGCGUCUUCCCUCCUCGUUGACCGCGCCAAUCGAAGAGAGAGAUGAACAGCAGCUACCUUUGGUGCACAAAGGGUCGAUCAUAUCCAACGUAAUGGCAGAUCGACAUGCUCCUAACGAGGCGGAAGCAGAGGAGGAGGGAGGGGGCCAUGAAGGACCAAGUUGGACCAGGGAUGUCAGUACUGCUGUGCUUCUAGGAUGUACGGUGUUGUACGCCGGUAUCGCGGAGGUUCUUGUUGACGUUGUGGAUGUAGUCCUUCAAGGCUCUGGGAUCGAUGAGAAGUUUUUGGGCUUGACGCUUUUCGCUCUAGUACCGAAUACGACGGAAUUCAUGAAUGCCAUGUCGUUCGCUCUAAAUGGAAAUAUCGCUUUGAGUAUGGAAAUAGGUUCUGCCUACGCCCUUCAAGUCUGUCUCGUCCAGAUCCCCUUCUUAGUCGCUUUCAGCGCAUUUUAUGACCCACGUCGGAUGGGUGAAGGUGUUGACACGUUCACCCUCAUCUUCCCCCGAUGGGAUGUCAUCGCCAUUAUCCUCAGUAUCUUCCUUUUGACUUAUACGUAUAUCGAGGCGAGGGCGAAUUAUCACCGUGGCAGUAUUUUAGUUCUUUCAUACCUUGUCCUGAUCAUGGGAUUUUACUUUGCCCCUCCUCGGACACAAGAAGGUACAGAUACGGAGUAUCUCGUCCCUCCUGAAUCCAUCUCGUUGGCGUUGUCGACUGCUGGGAAGGGAAUCAAGGCUGGUCUGACUAAAUUGUGGGCUUGAGUAACCUAGAAAGAAGUCUUAAUGGGUCCCCAGGCAAAUUGAACCCAUGCCGUCCCGGCUUUCAUGUUACGUGAGUGGGUUGGGGGAGUAAAUGGUACGACGAUUGAGUUUUACGACAGCAUUUGAGAUGCUAAUGACGACUUUUGACGAUUGAUCAAUGUAGCAUGCAUGUCUGUGUUUGUGUUC